AUGAAAGUUCUUCAAAAAGUGUUCUUAGUUUCCUUAGUUGCUUCUGCUUCUUCCUUUAAUUUAUCAUAUUCUCUACCAGACACUGAUCCGUGGCUUGUACCAAAUUUUAUAGAUGGUACACUUGUUUGGAUAACAAAGGCUUUCGUAAAAGCUGAACUAGGACUCAUGGCAUUAGAUCCUUAUUUAGUCGAAUACUAUUUAUAUACCCCUAAGAAUCCUACAAAUGCUCAACGAAUAAGACAGGACGAUCCUUCGUCCAUACAAAAUUCUAACUUUAAUGCAUCCAUUCCAACAAGGAUCAUACUUCAUGGAUACAGAUCAUCAUCUGACGCACCUGUAUGUUCCUUAAUUCGCGAUGCAAUUUUUAAUACAGGACGCAGCCGAAAUAUAAUUUGUAUUGAUUGGUCAAAAAUUGCCCAAAAAACAUAUCCAACUGCCCGUUUUGUUGCACCCAGUGUUGGAGAGGAUUUAUCCGAAUUUGUAAAUUUUCUUUUAAAAAAUACUAAGAUGUCAAUUGAUGAUCUGGAUUUUGUUGGUCAUAGUUUGGGAGCACAUGUUGGUGGAAUUGCUGCAAAACACUUAAAGAAACAAAAUAAAACAAUUCGACUGAUAAUUGGAUGUGAUCCUGCACUGCCUUUAUUCGAUUACAAUGAUUGUUCUUCCAGACUUUGUCACACAGAUGCCAAGUAUGUCGAAUCCAUUCAAACUAAUGGCGGACGUUUGGGUUUUCUUAGGCCCAUUGGCGCUGGUGCAUUUUAUCCAAAUGGUGGAGUGAGUCAACCUGGGUGCGGAAUUGAUCCAAUUGGUGCAUGCUCACAUUCAAAGUCUUACAUGUAUUUAGCUGAAGCUAUUGAGAAAAAUGAUUUUCCUACAAUGAAAUGUAAGAAUGGUUAUUUGAGUGCUGUGGCCAAACGAUGUGGAAAUACUUAUAGUUCGGUGAAAAUGGCAGCAGUUGCAAAUAUUGGAGCUAAGGGAGUUUUUUAUGUCCCAGUAAAUGCAGAACCACCUUAUGGAAAAGGAUAA